AUGGGAGGGAAGAAGCGCCCGUCGAUGGGCGGAUCAGACGCAGCUCCGACCCGUCGGAAGAGCCUCGAGAGCAGCCCGGAGGUUCCAAAAGCGUUCGUUGUGAAUCCGUGGUUCAACCAGGCAAUCACCAAAUUCGACGACCUAUGGGGCCAUUUCGAAGACCUGGAGACAAUCAUGAAACACAUAUGGCCCACCCCCGAAUCCCAGAAAACGUGGGCCCUCAGGCUGAAUGACAUUUUCCCCCCGGAGCCUGGUGUCGAGUACCUGUCGCCCGAUUGGGGCGAGCACGCAGUGAAGAAGCUGCGGCCGUAUCACUGGUCGUGGGCGAAAGACUCAGGUAACAAAGGCCCUGUGAAUCGCGAGGCAUACAGGAACCUGCUAAUGAGCAUCAUGGUGAAGGGUUUCUGCACGGACGUGACGCAACCCGGCAUCGAGCUGCCCUUGAUUACACUCCCCUAUGAUGAUGACAGCGCGGAAGAGAACAAGGUCAUCUUCCCAACCACCAUAGACAAGGAGCUUCGUCUACGACGGCUCUUAGACGUGGCUGACGCCUACGUCGUCAACGAAGUCAAGGGCUGGAGCCGUGCCACGGCGAUGCAUAUGGCCUUGGCCAUGAUGGAUGCUACAGGGAACAUGGAUGUGUACCUCGACUACCUUCGGAGCAACGGCAAGUUCAGCAACUUCCAGACUCAAAGCGCCAACUUCCUGCACAUUCCGGAUGACAAAGACGAAGUGGACGUCAAUCGUGGCAGCUCAGCUUCGUAUUACUCCAAGAAAGUCCUAGCCAGCAAAGCUUGCCUCGUCAGCCAAGAUGUGACUAUGAUGUCAACACUCACGAGAGUGAAGCCGAACGCUUUCAACUAUUUGUUCCAAAUCAUGAAGAAAAUCAAGAUUCAUGCCAGCGACCCAAGAACCCAGCACGACGCAUUUAGGGCUGCUUCGGCCGACUACGGGCUCAGUCGAGCUGAGCACGAGGCGGUGGAGAACCUCUUGCUCCACAUCAGUCCUUCGGCGCGAGAUUUCCUGACUCGGCUAGCGAGCUCUCACGGGAUGGUGAAGGGACCGAUCAGUCAUCAAGGAUUAGGGUCGAAAGCUCUCCGCUCGACGUACAUGGUGAAGUCCGAUAUCGGCUGGUACGAAGACAAGCUCAACAAUUGUCCCGACACCGUGCAACUAAUCUUGGAAAGAAUCAAGCUGGACUUCGUGAAUGUCGCCCCGGGUAUGAGAACAAGUGCAUCGGAUGAAAAGAUCAAUUCCCUUCAAACGGUGAGCCGGAUGUUUCUGCUCUACUGCGAAGAUUUGCGCAGCAAGUUGACCCUUGAGGCCUACGAAGGCGAGUUCCCGCAGCUGAGACUCGUUUUCCUCAAUGGCUGCUUCGACGACCAUUUCUUGGACCUCGGGGGGGAGCAGCGAGACUCUCUGCCUGUACCGCUGGACUGCACGAAGCUGCCGGAGUUCAAGUACAUCGUCGAUCGUGCGAGUGCAGAAAUGAGAAGUGCCGAGCUCAAGAAGCGGAAGGAGCUGCAGCAGAAGGUGGAUCAGGCGAGCUACGAAACGCUGGAGAAUGAGGUAUCGAACGACCUUGCUCUCCUGUCAGAGUACAAUCUCGCAGUGGCCAGAGCCAAGGAGCUCUGGACAGAUCAGGUCCAGAGCUACAAGCGAAACAGAAGAAACAGGGGCCUGCAAAGAGUGCAAGAGCUGAUGGACAACCGGCUCAGCCUGGUCGAUCUGGAAAGCAGUGCCAGCGGUGGCUACAAAUCGAUCCCGAAGCACUACAGCAGCUUCAAAGCACGGAAAGAGCUUGACUUGCCAAUUAUCAAGAAUGCAGAGACUUUGAUCGUCCUGGACCUCGGGAAGAUGCCGCAGUCGCUCUCUGCCGCCCUUGAGAUGCUCAAAGCGGGGGCCGACAUUUGUCACCAGGGGCCCGAGUGCGCCAUGCUCGUGAAGUACCCGACCAAGAUCAAAGGAACCACCAUGACAGCACACUUCAACGCUGUGAGGAAGCUGGAGGACGCAAUGUUGACAAACGGUCUCAACAUGGAGGCGACCCCCAACGUGAUCUAUGAUAGGUCUGGGUUCCAUGGCAACGAUGCUCGAGAGGGAUUGUCGCGACUACGACUAUGCAUCUCCGACAAUUUCGAGACCAGCGACAGCCCUUGGUUCACUUCAUUGACCGCUGCCAACCACAUGAUCAUAGACGAAUGCCCCAUUGUGAACCACAAGGACAUGAAAUUCAUCCCGCACAGCGAGGUCGAGCAUCAGACCGAGGCCCUCAGUCCGGCCGAAAGGGCAUCGCAGUUGGGCCCGAAGGCGUGGAAGCAUAUCCUGACGAGAGUGUCUUGCGGCAGGUCAGGGGAGUCCGACCCUACAAAACGCAAGGUCAUCGUUUUGGAUCCCAAUCCGAAUUUCGGUGACGUGCUUGAGGCCGUCUGGAUGCUGAACGAUGACUCUUUGGACAACUUGGUCUCGCUUCCAUCCACAACCUCAUCUGGCCAGGACGGUGAGAGGGUUGGCAUCAAGUUCAACGGCCCUGAGUUUGACCCGGACGAGGUGACGAAACCGCUGGAUUUGAAGAGGGACCUAAACCGCAUCGUCGAGGACUACGACCUGAAGGAAUUCGACAUGUCAGAUGUGCUCUACACCGUGAAGCCCACGCCGAAGCAGCCCGGAAUCUACAUUACCAAAAAGAAGGAGGUGAUGCUCUUCGUCGAAAAGGAGAUGCAUGGCGAAGCUUUUGACUGCUCGGCGUGCGAGUUGUUUGGGUUUGGGACCGGAGCAUUGAUCUGCGAGGCGACUGAGGCUUUGCAAGGUCAAAAAGGCACGAAUCUGUUCUGCAUGAGCCACGACACGGAUUUGGUCGUUGCCAUCAGUCAGAACAAGACGAAGGAUCUCAGGAUGAUUUGCACGUUGGUCUACGAGGCCGAGACACAAGAUCAGUGCACAGCAACAUUCGCAGAAUUGCCUCGCCAGGCCAUGCAGAUUGGGGUCCCGGACCUCGCGGUGGAGCAUCAUGAAUGUACGCCCAAAACAAUCACGAAGCAGGGGCGCGACAUCCCGCUGCACAGUCGGAUGGACCUCGCGGUGAAGAGCCAGAGCGUGGCUUUCGUGGGGGAUAGAUUAGAUGAUGCCACGCUUGCUCAAGCAAGCCUGAAGAGAGGCUUGGCAGGUGCUUUUUUCCGUGAUGAUUUCAAGGUGCUACCCUCGGCCUCCGCAGGCAUUCUUUGGGAAGUGCCAACGCACGUCAAGAUCGGUUGGCGUGUCUAUCUUGGGAUUGUUUGUGGUUGCUUGGCUGCUGCGGGACUGAACCCAAAACAGGAUCACGGCUCAGAUCUGAACUAG